GCUUCACCACCGUUCACAUAUACGUUCCAGCGAUAUGCCGGCACUUCCGUGAUUAAUUCUUUAUUAAUGUUUAUCUGAAAAUAAAGAAACGGUGUGUGAAAAGAAAAUUUCGAUCGAACGACCGGAUGCACUCGAAGGAUGUGGUUUAAAUCGCAUGAGGAUGGCUUUUUGAAGUACUUCUUCGUCAGUUCUAUUUUUUCAUGUGCAUUUGUCUAGUUGAAAAAUUACAAUGUAAAGGGGCUAGUGAGGGACCAGUGUAAUUAGUCAUUUAAUGCCUGGAGAGAUUAUAAUAAUAAAUUCUUUUUAACGAUUUUUUUUUAAUCGAGAGACGAAUGUAGAUAAUGCGCCUCAAGCUGAGUGUUUUCGCGGUGCAAUUGGCCCUGAUGACGAGCCAAGUGCAUCCUCAUAGUGCAGUGAGCACUGAGUCCAGCGAGGAAUACCUGAGGAAGGCAAUGAUCGAGCUCCAACAGAUGAAGGACACAGUGCCAACGGUCCCAGUGUUUUUUGGGACUAAACACUUGUUGGCGGGUAAACGGCUGUUAAACACAAAUGCUAAUGCACUGAGGUUUCAACGGCAGGGGAUGCACAAUGCUCAGGAGAUUGUGAGUGCCCCUGCCAACGCUCAGUAUUAUCAGGUACCGGUGAGGGGACAGGGCGCCUCGCCGUUCACCAAGAGUGAGCUUAAUUCCAUUUACAAACAGGCAAUGGAGUCCGGGAAUUCGAUAAGCGUGGACAGCCUGAAGAAUGUCCUGGCUGGUGGACAACUACCGCUGGGAAAUAGUAAUAAUCAAGACGGAAAUGUUAGACCAACUUAUGCGUAUUACUUCUAUCCGUUGAAAUCAUUCACGAGUGACGUAAGGAAUCACAAUGGAAUUGGUGCAUCGGACUUACAGAUGGAGUCAACGAAUCCAUUCCACGAGUCCCAGAAGCAGAUGGUCAUGAAUCCCCUCUUCAUGGCGAUAAGUGGUUUUGUCGGUAUGGCACUGGUAUUCAUGCUGGGUGUGCUAAUAAUGCCCCGUCUAUUUCCCGACUUCAAGUCACGUUUCGUUCACGAUGAAUUGCUGGAUCUAACCAAAACGGUGAGCGACGCAAUCGAGUCAUACAACAAGACAACUACGAUGCGACCGAAGAAGCACUACCGAGAAACAAUAAUAGGAAUUAAAACAAGACCACGCCAAGGUACAUCCGUGAGAAAGCGAAACAAGAUGCGUAAUACUCUCCAGUGAUGUGCCCCCAAGCCCCAGUGAGACUGAAAACUUGAUAAAAUUCAUCGAUUUAUCUCUGCGAAUUUAUUUAUUUCGUUUAUUUAUUUGUAGUUAAUAUUCAUCUUAUUUCUCAUUUCCAAAAAAAAAAGAUUCACUUUACAAAACUCUCCAGCAUUCACACGCGACAACAAUAUUGUAAAAUUACAAUUGUUUCGUCGUUUCA